AUGACCGCCAAACCCACCCAAAACCCCGACCAGGAGGAGGAGACCCCAGUCGCCAAGUCCGCCGAGGACCGCAAGGCCGCCAACGCCCUCGCCCACCUCGACGCCCGCGACGAAUCCUCUGCCGCGAGCAACGUCGACCAAGAUGCCGUGAGCGCCGCUAUGAAGACGCUCGGUGGCGGUGCGGCUGGUGCCGGCGGGGCUGGCGCGAAGGGCUUGCCUGUUAGGAAUAAGAACGUGAAGGUGGAUCAGGCGGAUGUUGCGUUAUUGGUCGAGGAACUGGACCUUCCAAAGGCGAAGGCGGUGGAUCUGCUCAAGGCGCACGAGGGCGAUGCUGUUGCGGCCAUGAAGGCGUAUGUGCAGAUUAGGGUAUAG